AUGUUUUUUCCAGAGGUGUUCGAUAGCUUUGUGCGAUCAUACAUAAACAAUUUUAGAAACAAAUCUAUAAAUACGAGCCAGUUCAAAGAGUACCUACUUAACUUCUUUGAUGGCGAUGAAAGACUGAAAAAUGUUGAUUGGGAUACAUGGCUGCAUUCUAGCGGCAUGCCUCCAACAAUACCACAAUAUGACAUGAAAAUGACGGAGGCAGUUAAUUCGCUUCUUAAGAUGAUUUUGGAAGGCAAUGCAAGUUUAUCAUCUGUAGAUAUACAGAACUUAACUAUGCAUCAGCAGAUACAUUUGUUACAGGAAUUAGUAGAACGACCGGCUUUGCCACUGAACAGAUUGCGUAAUCUGGGCGACGAAUAUAGUUUUCGGCGAAGUAAUAAUACAGAGAUCCUUUACAGAUGGUAUCGUCUGUGCAUCAAAGCAAGGGACAAGGAUGUACUAAAUGAAGUGUUCGAUUUCGUAAAUCAUCAGGGCCGGAUGAAGAUUGUGCGACCGAUCUAUCGGGACCUAUACGCGUGGAAGGAAGUCCGCGAUUGUGCUAUUGAAAAUUUUCUCAAGAACGAGCCUUACAUGAUGCAUGUGUCCGCAUAUAUGAUACGGAAAGAUCUUCAUCUUGAUAAAUAA